AUGGCCAUCUUCAAGACUUUCGCCCUCGCCGCUCUCCUGGCCACGCUCACUUCGGCUGCCCCCGUGCAGCAGCAGAAGCGCGCGCUCGUCUACGAGACCGUGACCCAUAUCGACGUGACCACCAUCGACACCACCGUCACCGUCUUCCGCAGCGAGGCCACGUCCGCUGUCAAGGGCAACCAGGGCGUUACCCAGGUCGCGGCCGUGACUACUACUACUGCUCCUAAACCAUCGGCGCCAUCUCCAACCACCACUACGUUGGUCCCUGAGACUACCACCAGUGCUCCUCCUCCUCCUUCGCCUCCUGCUCCGGAGACUACCACCACCACUACUGCGCCCCCCCCACCGGACACGACCACUGCGGCUCCCCCCCCUCCUGUGACGACCACUGCGGCUCCUCCUGCGCCCCCAAGCACGACCACCUCUGCCCCCGAGCCGACCGGCACUGGUUCUGGUUCUGGUUCUCCCGCAACUGGCGAUGGUACCUUCUACCAAACAGCCACCUCGUUGAGCGCCCCCAGCUACUGUGACACCGCCAACGACGGCUCCUCGGAGAACGUGGUCGCACUGUCUGCCGCUAUCAUGACCCAGGAGCUGUGCGGUAAAUCGAUUACUGUCACCGGCGCCGGCGGCAAGACGGUCACCGGAACUGUUGUGGACAGAUGCGCCGGCUGCUCGGCAGGCUCAGUCGAUAUGUCGGAGCACAUGUUUACCGCGUUAGCCAGCGUGGAUGCCGGUCGUAUCCCGAUUUCGUGGGUUUAUAACUAG